AUGCCUUCCUCUUUCGCCGUUGUUCCCGUUUCCUUCCAGGUUGCUCUGCUAAAUACGGUGCUGAACGGCGUCUCCGCCAUUUUUUUGCGACGCAUCACGGUCGCGACGCUUCUGCGACCCAAAAAGACGGAGGGGGGGAAGGGCGUUGGUGGCACCUGGCUGGAUGAGCUGCCACCGCCGCCACCCCCGCGGCAUGGGGGGAGAAAAGGGGAAGACCGGGAGGAGGACGUCAGGCUGAGGCUGAGGCGGGAAGUGGGUGCGGUGCUUCUGAUGUGGCUUAUGAGUCCAACAGCUGUCUUUACCGUGGUCGCCUACACAGAGAGCAUCUUCUCUUGCUUGACUUUUGCGGGAUUGCAUUUUCUUCUGCUUUCCUCGGAAGAAAGUAGAAGCUUGGUUGCGGCAACUAAAGAAGCGGGCGCCGUGUUUUGUUUUUCACUGGCAGGAUGGGCCCGCUCAAAUGCCCUUCUUUAUGUGGGAUUUUUAUUAUAUCCCAUUUUUCUGCAGGUUUUUUUCUUUAACACGUACCGGAGGCGUUGCAUCCAAUGCCACGGAAGCUCCAAGUUGUGUCGUCGCUGGCCAAGCAUUGGACGCUGCGUAGUACUCCUCUUAGAAAUUCUUGCCAUUUGUGCCCCCUAUCUUUGCAUGACGUACUUUUGCUUCACCCGCUUUGUGCCGCUCUGGGACUCCGCAACAAAGCUGAACACCGAUGGACACUUCUGGUCCUUCUACGGGUGGAUCCAAAAGCGUUACUGGGAUGUCGGGUUUCUUGCCUCUUACCGAAUGAAAAAUCUCUCAAAUGUAUUUAUCGCCGCCCCCAUCGUAUUUUUUGCACUUCGAGGUUUUCUGCUGUUUCAUGUGCUUCCUGUCUUCGCCAAGGUGUCCACUUCAGUACCCAACGAAAGCGCCGGAAGCGGCAAUGGAGGCCGACGCAAUAAGGCAAUUGAAAAAAAAACGCCACGCUCUUAUUUCACCUCCACGUUUCGUAUUGUGGAGGGUUUGGUUCAGUCCUCGAACACAGUCUACCUUGUGGCCGUGAUUUUUAUUGGGGUCACUAUGGUGCAUGUGAACGUGGUGAAUCGUUUCAUUAUGUCCUCCCCCGCACUGUAUUGGAUUUGGGCUCGACAGCUUGUGUGGGAUCCGUGGGGAGGCUGCACAAUCGUGAUGCUCCGCAUCUUCGCAGCGUGGACAUGUAUUGGGGCUCUUUUUUUCCCCAAUGGCAUGCCGUGGACAUAA